AACUUAUUGGGUCGCAACUUCAGUUCCACAUUUUCAAGAAUCCCACGCCCUCCCUCUUUCGUUCGAUCAUGGCCAACACCUUCCAACUCUUCUUUCUCUACGGCGUCCUCCUGACCACCACCGCAACGUCAGCCUCUCCACCGCCGUCUCCAACCGUCCCCGCCGCCGCCGUACCCGCCGCACUGCCCGCCGCGGACGGCGCCUGCUGUCUCCAGCAAGUCAGCAACAUCCUCGAUGCCUUGCUCGGCUCCGGCGACUUCGGCAACUGGGCCUCCGUCCUCUCCGCCAUCAACCCCUCGACCCUCCCCGUCUCGGCCACCCUCUUCGUCCCCGCCGGCGAUGAUGCCGCCGUCUCUGCGCUCCCCAAGGACCCUCCCUCUCUCCUCUACCACGUCGUCCCUCAACGCCUCCCCUUCUCGCAACUCAAGUUCUUCCGCACGGGCUCUCGCCUGCCGACCCUCCUGCCCAACAACUCCAUCCUCGUCACAGCAGGGUCUCCAUCCAACUUCACCCUCGACGGCCUCCCUCUCGUUGAGCCCGACCUCUUCUCCUCCGAUGGCCUCGCCGUGCAUGGCGUCGCCGGGGUCCUCAACUACACAGUCUACGGCGGUGGCAGCGCUGCGCACGGGCUUUCUCCGCCACCACCGCAGCGGACGACGGGUGAUGCUCCGACUGCGGCGGCAUUCUUGCCGGUCGAGGAAAUGGCCGGCCGGCGCAUGUCUCACGCCACAUGCAGCACUGAGUGCAUGGCGGCGGUUGUUACGUCCGUUCUUGGCUUGGUACUCUUGGGUUCAAGAUUGUGAGGAAUUUCUGGGUCUCUUUUUGAUGGGUCUUCCAUCGUUGCAGACUUGAAGGGCAAACGAUUGUAGGGUUACGCGCCAGGUCAUUUUCUCCAUUGAUUUUUGCUGUUCCUUUUCAGUUCUUGUCGAGCCAUUGGAGCCAGGGGAAACACAUAUGAUCUGUGCUUUUCUUUCUGUAAAUUCUGAGAUCAUACGAAGUCCAUUAGAAUUCGAUUUCUGGGUUGGGAGAUCAAGAAGGAAAGAUGCCGUGUUCUUCCUGAGUUCGUUGGCGUGGUUGUAAUCAAGAAGGUGAGGAGAGAGUAAAUCUUCUUCGGUCAAAAAGAAUAGUUUCUUCUGGAUAUGGAUUUCUUGUUUACAUUUUCUGUUUUUGUUCCUUUAUCUUCUUCAACUCCAUAGGGGUGAAUUUUUGUACUUGGUGACGUGAAUACUCGGAACUCAUGCAGUGCGCCAUACGAGUUAUAUUACUGUGUGUCAAACCCAACGAGUUAUAGAACUCUAUGUUAAU